UGAGAAACGUGAUGUUAGAGAUUACCGGAAAGCAGAGAGAGGUGGUGUUCAACAUUAUAACCGAUACAAACCGCCGCAAAUCAUCAAACUGCCUUUAAAGAAGAACAUUUACAAAGAAAAUCAUCUUAUUUCUUAACUUUUUGUUUAUUUUCUCUAAACUAAACCACAUUUUGGGAAUUUCCGGAGCUGGUGUUUUUUUUUUUCUGCCUGUUUUCUUGCUGAUAUUUCUCCAUCCUAAAGGAAUGCCAAGGGAACUAACCCAAAACAGAAUCCAAAAAAUCUGGAUUCCCUCUAAGGAUGACAAACCUUCAAUGCCCCGCACGUCACAUGGAGGCCCACACCUGGCAAACCCCCCAACGGUGAUAGUGAUGGUUGGGCUUCCUGCUCGGGGCAAAACCUAUAUGUCAAGGAAACUCACACGCUACCUCAACUGGAUUGGUAUUCCCACAAAAGUCUUUAAUGUUGGCGAGUAUCGUCGAGAAGCAGUGAAACACUACAGCUCCUAUGAUUUCUUCAAAUCGGACAAUGAGGAUGCUGUAAAAAUUCGACAGCAGUGUGCAUUGGCCGCUCUGAGAGAUGUCAAGAAUUACCUCACUGAAGAGGAAGGUCAAGUGGCAGUUUUUGAUGCUACAAACACAACCAGAGAGCGACGGGAUAUAAUCCUGGAGUUUGGUGCAGAAAAUGGCUUCAAGAUUUUCUUCAUUGAGUCUGUUUGUGAGGACCCAAAUGUAAUCGCCUGUAAUAUUUUGGAAGUUAAGGUGUCAUGUCCUGACUACCAAGAUUGCAACAAGACGGAUGCCGUGGAGGACUUUAAGAAGAGAAUCGAAUGUUACAGAGUGAACUAUCAGCCACUUGACCCUGACCAGUACGACAGAAAUUUGUCUUUCAUCAAAGUGAUUGACGUCGGUCGCAGAUUCCUGGUCAAUCGUAUUCAAGACCACAUCCAGAGUCGGAUCGUCUACUACCUGAUGAACAUCCACGUACAGCCGCGCUCUAUUUAUUUGUGUCGUCAUGGCGAGAGCCAACACAACUUGCAGGGCAGACUGGGCGGUGACUCUGGGCUUUCUACACGUGGACGAAAGUUUGCAGGAGCUCUUGCUAAAUUCGUGAAGGAGCAGAACUUGAAGGACUUAAAGGUUUGGACAAGCCAGCUGCGUCGUAGUAUCCAAACCGCCGAGGCCCUCAAUGUGCCGUACGAGCAAUGGAAAGCCCUGAAUGAGAUUGAUGCAGGUGUGUGUGAGGAGAUGACCUAUGAAGAAGUAAGGGAGAGGUUUCCAGAAGAGUUUGCUCUGAGAGAUCAGGACAAAUACUACUACCGCUACCCCACUGGAGAGUCAUAUCAGGACUUGGUUCAGCGGGUGGAACCGUUGAUCAUGGAACUGGAACGACAGGAGAAUGUUCUUGUCAUCUGUCACCAGGCUGUGAUGCGAUGCCUACUCGCAUACUUCCUGGAUAAAAGUGCAGAUGAGAUGCCGUACCUGAAGUGUCCACUCCACACAGUACUGAAGCUGACCCCAGUGGCUUAUGGGUGCAAAGUUGAAUCUAUUUCUCUGAAUGUGGAGGCAGUGAACACACAUAGAGACAGACCAGAGGAGGUCAGGAGAGGCCCGAGCACUCUGAUCAGGAGAAACAGCGUGACCCCUCUCACCAGUCCUGAACCCAAUAAAAAGCCUCGCAUUGAGGGUCUAGAUGACCCGAUCAUCAGAGAGGUGACGCCCGCCCAACUGACCCUGUGUUCAGCAUCACACACCACACUUGCUCUGUCCACACAGCACUGGCUUAGUGAAGCUUGUCUAACCUGAAUAAAUGCUCUAUGGAGUGCCACAAACCCCCUCAGCUUUGCCUCUGAAGUUGUUCGGCAAUAUUGCUUUACUCAGCGCGGAAGAGUUUCCUGCCAAGCUGCUUCCUCUCUUCCUCUUACAGAGGAGCGUGCAUCCAUCUCCCCAAAAAAAUGGACACUGAGUGCCACCUGGGUUUUUCUAUUCGUCUAUGAAUUCAAAAUUGAUGUACGUAUUGUGUGGUUUGUACUAGUUUGGUGUUUUAUAUGUGUGUUUUUGUGUAUGAGGAGAAAUCGGAGCCCAGUGGCAGGGAUUAAACAUUUGGCAAAGUCAUUUUGUCAACCACCCCCACAUUUUUGGACACUAUUCCCUGUUUACGUAACAGGAUACCACUUGUAGAUGUUUUUAUUCUGGUCUCGGCUGGAUUUUUAACACUGAUGGUAAGAAUAUGCCCUGAACGUUGAAGGAUGAUACUAAAACAGACCAAAGAUCUCCUGCAGAUGCUUGCGGGAUGAUUUAUGUCUAUUCUGCACUCUCUUUCAAACAUAUGCUGCAAAUAAAUUGCACAUUAUAAUUGCACAUUUAGAUUAUUUGCAUAUAUUUGUCUUAAUCUUUGAGGGCAAAAAUGAAUAUUACCAUUUUUAAUGCUGUUGGCAGUUUUGAAGGCUGUUUAAAAGUUCUCAUGAUGUCCACUGCAGUUUCAGAUGAUUUGUGUUAUGGAUAUGAAUUGUGAGUGUGUUUUUUGUGUAAUUUGUGUGUUUUUAAGACCUGACGACAAGGUUAUUGCGCAAGGUUAUAAAACAGGGUGUUUUAUGUGUGUUUGGAUGGGACAAAGUGAAACAGUGUUUAUAUUUGUUGUUUAUAAUUAAUGUAAUUUAUGGCGUGAUGGAUAUCAGAUACAUUUUUAUACUGUUCUUUUAUUAAUUCCCUAGAGUGCCUAGUGCUUGAGCUAUCAGGCCAGACCUGCUUUUUUUACAUUCUGCUAUGAGAAUUGUGUUUAAAAAAAUAACAUUUAAAUGAAAUUCAUUUGAGGUUUUUUUUUCCAGUUCAGUUCCAAUUUUGUUAGCAUGUCUCAGCCUGAUCAAGAGAUUAAAGUAGUAUUUGAUAAUGUGUGUACAGAUUUACCCUUGUAAAUGAAACGUUUACGGUUUGAAUUUGUAAGAGAAUUUGUAGGAACAGAGUAAAAUUUUAACUCUUCGAAUCUAAAUACCAGCUUUAACUGUAAAUUAUGGUUUUGAGAAGACGUCUAGUUGUUGAUGUCUAUUAAUUACACAACUAUAGGUGCAAUGUUGUACAUUUGCUCGAAAUGGUAAUUCAUUUGUUCGCUUCUGAUACUUGAACCUUAUUUUGUAAUAUCUUUUCUUUUUUGUUAAAAUAAUAUUUAUUUAUUUGUACUAGACUUUGUGUUUUUAAGCACUUUGUUCAUUACUGAGUUUGUAUAGCAUAUCUACAAGUCUAAUUGUCUCUUUCUGAAGAAAGUAAAUCAUUAAUAUGCAUUUACUGAAUCAAUAAACAGUCUAAAAGAGGA